GCUCGCGCCUGCGCCUAGCGAUUGUGUGCCGGCCGUCCGUCCGCCAUGCAGCAGAGCGGAGGUUAGGCGGUUCUACCGCUUGCGGAGCGCGCAGUUUGGCGGCUUUACCGCUGCGGAAUGGCGGGCCGCGGCUGGACGUGCGGGAUCGAGCAAGUGCUGUUGCUGCUCUGGAGCUGCUGCUUUGUCGUUGUCUAUUCUGACGGCCCCGGGUUCAACCUCUACCUGAGCGUGGAAGAAAUGCGAAGGCUGAUUGGUAUUGAUGCAGAGUUGUAUUAUGUGCGGAAUGAUGUUAUUAGUCACUAUGCGUUGCCUUUUAAAUUACUCGUACCAGGGGAGACCAACAGUCUUCAUUUUACAUGGCAUGCUAAAUCCAAGGUUGAAUACAGAUUGGGUUUUCAAGUGGAUGAUCCAGCAGCGAUGCAUAUGCCUCAGACUAACAUCUCUAUACAAGGGGAGGUUCCACGCACGAUAUCAGUAUUUAGAGUGGAUCUUUUAUGCACAGGAAAAUUGGAUUCAGAAGUCACCAUGGAAAUGCAGCUUAAUGUAACUGUUAACUCUGCAAAGAACAUAACAGUCCUCAACUUCAAAAGGAGGAAAAUAUGCUACAAAAGACCUGAACAAGAAGAAAAAAAAUCUAUUUACCCUGGUAGAAACAAUAGCAAAACUGGCAGACCUACAUUUCACGCAGUUCACGUUGCUCCCACCACCUCCACUCGUGUAUUCUACAUCAGUGUUGGAGUGUGUUGUGCAGUCAUAUUCCUGGUGGCAAUUAUAUUAGCUGUGCUGCACCUGCAUAGCAUGAAAAGAGUGGAAAUUGAUGAUAGUAUGAGUGAGAGUGGAAGCACGCAGGGCUUGUCACAGCCAUCCACACAGACCACGCAGUAUCUGAGAGCAGACACACCCAACAAUGCAACAUCCGUCACCAAAAGUGAUCUGAAAGAACUUGCUGGGUGCAAUCCUGAAGAAGAAAGACAAAACAGUAUCACACAAGUUUCCAAAAAAUCAGGUUACCCAACACUCCGGAUAGAAAAAAAUGAUCUUAAAAGUGUUACACUUGCAGAGGCAAAAGCUAAAGUGAAGGACAUAGCUAUCUCCAGAGAGAGGGUCACUCUCAAAGAUGUUCUUCAGGAAGGUACAUUUGGUCGUAUCUUUCUUGGAAUUUUAAUUGAUGAGAAAGACCCAAGUAAAGAAAAAUAUGUGUUUGCUAAAACAGUAAAAGACCAUGCUUCAGAAGUUCAAAUAACUAUGAUGUUGACAGAGAGCUGCAAACUGCGAGGACUUCAUCACAGAAACCUUUUGCCUGUCAAUCACGUUUGCAUUGAGGAUGGGGAGAGGCCCGUGGUAUUAUUUCCGUACAUGAAUUGGGGAAAUCUAAAGCUGUUCCUUCGACAAUGCAAGCUUGCUGAAGCCAACAAUCCACAGGCAAUAUCGCAGCAGGACCUUGUACAUAUGGCCAUUCAGAUCGCCUGUGGGAUGAGCUACUUGGCAAGGAGAGAAGUUAUUCAUAAAGACCUAGCUACAAGAAAUUGUGUCAUUGAUGAUGGUCUUCAGGUGAAGAUUACAGACAACGCUCUCUCCAGGGAUCUCUUCCCUAUGGACUACCACUGCUUAGGAGACAAUGAAAAUAGACCUGUUCGUUGGAUGGCACUGGAAAGUCUUGUCAACAGUGAAUUUUCAAGCGCAAGUGAUGUAUGGGCAUUUGGUGUUACACUGUGGGAACUGAUGACCCUGGGACAGACGCCAUAUGUCGAUAUUGAUCCUUUCGAGAUGGCAGCUUAUCUAAAGGAUGGAUAUAGAAUAGCCCAGCCAAUCAACUGCCCAGAUGAACUGUUUGCAGUGAUGGCCUGCUGUUGGGCCUUGGAUCGGGAGGAGAGGCCCAAGUUUCAGCAACUGGUUCAGUGUCUCACUGAGUUUCACGCAGCCUUGGGUGCCUAUGUCUGAAAUCAUGGUUUUUAUUAGAUAUGAACUCUUCAACACUAACACCAGAUUUAAUGAUAGAAAUUAAGGAAAAGUAGGGGAGAUAAUUUUUCUGAAUAGUGUGCCUUGAAAUACUUUCAUCAUUUGUUUUGUGAAUUAUCGAGUUCUCAUACGUAAUAGUACAGUAUCAUGUUUCCCUGAACGAGUUAGUAAUUGAAGUUCCUGAAGCACCCAAAUGUAAAGGAUUGGAAAGGCCCAAUAUCAGGAGAGCAUUGCACUGUAUUCCUUCGCUUCUAUUGCCUUAUUCCUUUGGGAAAUGGGAUUUUCAAGACUGAAACACAUUUGAACAACACUUUGAAUGUCUGCUUCUCCUUUUUGUUACUACCAACACGUUGCUGAAGUUGUGAAGAAUUUGCCAGAUACUUCACUGCAGUAAAGCUUUGGUUUAUUCCCAAGAAUCCAGGUUCAGUCCUGUGUCUUGUGAAAUCCUAAGCCUCCGUGCAUUUCCAAAUAUUUAUUUCCCUCUUGUGAGGCUGAAUUUUUUUUAAAUGGAUGAGGUACCUGCUUGGCAAUGGGACAUGAAACUUUUUCUUUUAUCUCAACGUUAAGAUACAUGGGUGUAAUUUUACAUUUUAGCACUUCCUGACCAACCAAUUACUGCAUGGUAAUUCACUAACCAGCUUCAGUAUGGAAAACUUUUAUGGUACGAGGUGAUUUGGAUAACAGGUUCAAAACCUUGCUUUGUAAAUCCAAACUUUGUAUGUAUUUUCCAAAAUUCAAUUGUUUACUGUUUACCAAGUAAUGUUCAUCUUUGUACAAUGUAAAAUGCAAAGGAUAUGAAUUAUUAAAGCAGAGGUAACCUCCUGAUACAACAGAAUAUUAUUUAAAUAGCAACCUUAUUGAAAAAUUGAAAUAGAUUUGAAGUAUUUUAGUCCUAUCUGCUUUAAGUAAAACUAUCAAAUAUCAUUGGCACAACCCUGGAGCCCCCUUGUGUCUUUACUAGCAUUUAAGUGCCCAUCUACCUUAGGAAGCAGCAAACAGACUGGGCAUCGAUGGAGUUAAAUGGACAGUCACCAUUUCAGGUGAGUCUCAUCAAACAAAUGGUGAGGUAUCUCUGCAGUUCAGGCAGUGUGUGGAGGGAAAUAAGCUGUCGAUGUUUGAGUAACUCCAGAUGGAGGAUCUUGACUUGAAAUAUUGACUAUCCCUUUCCUUCCAUGGAUGCAGGGCUCAGAGUGCGGUGUUUUGAUCGAUGACAGUGCUUUGGGGAGGAGGGUCAUUGAGCAGCAACAGGUGAAUAUUUCUACCUUUCUUAGCUCUCAUUCUCUCAAGAUCCAGGUGAAAGUAUAUUGAUUCAGAUGUAUUUAUCAUACAUCGAAACACACAGUGAAAUAUUUUGUUAGCAUUAACAACCAAUACAUCAAAGGAAGUGCUGUGGGCAACCCACAAAUGUCACCACAUAUUCCAGUGCCAACUUAGCAUGCCCAUAAUGUUCAAUACACACACAACACAGGAUAAUAGAAGUAGCAAGAACAACAGCAGAACACGACAAUACAACAACAAAGCUCCUUUCCCCAGCUCCCAACCCCUCAAGCCCCCAGCCCCAAAACAAGACGGGUCUCCUGUCCUUGGCCUCCAUCUCAAACUCACAGACAUUAGAUCUUCAACCUCCGGUCUCAUUUCAGAGGUGGUCUGAGUGAGUAUUGGGACAAAGGGAAAAUUACCAUUCAUGACUUAAUGGCCUGUUAUCUACAUGGAGAAAAUAGAGUGUAACAAACACGAGAAAAUCUGCAGAUGCUGGAAGUAGUGUGUGUUACUAAGAUUUGUAUAGUGAAUUUGCCUAACUUAGUCAAUCUGUCAUAGGUCAGCACUGU